AUGAGGCUGCGAGUAGCGGCUCCUAUCGGGGAGUGGCGGCUCCUUGCGGUCCGCCAGACCCCCCAGCCGUGGAUCCCAGAGGACCAGAGCCAGCAGGAGGUCGGCCCCACCAUGGUGGGAGACGAGCAUUCGGAUCCCAGCCUGAUGAGCUUCCUGGGGGCCACGAAGAGGAACAUGCUGGGCAACCACUU